GGCCGCCGGUCCCUCAGGCGGUGCCGCCCGCCCGGGCCGGUGACAGCGGCACCUCCGCCCUCUCCCCCGCCCCCCGCAGCCAUGGCGAGCGGCCGCGCCGAGGAAGCGGCGGCGGCGGCGGCGGCCGAGGAGGAGGAGGAGGAAGCGGCGGCGGCAGCGGCGGCGCGUCUGGCGGCGGCGCUGCGGCAGCGGCUGCGGGGCUGGGAGGCGGCGCUGGCGACGGCGCAGCGGCUGCUGGUGUGGGAGAGGCCGCUGUACAGCCUGGUCACCGCGGCCGCGCUCGGCGGGGCCCUCUGGUUGUUUUCCUCCACCUCCCUGAGACCCCUCUUUCUCCUCAGCAUGUCCCUUCUUGGCAUCCUCUUGUUGGAGAAGUGGAAACCCAGGUUCCUGUUUGAUUUCUCAGCACAGCCAUCAGAGGAGCCAGGAGGAGAGAGUGAGGGGGUGACUUCAGGGGCACAACCUCACCUGCUCAGUGUUCCUGAGCUGUGCCACUGUCUGGCAGAGAGCUGGGUCACCUUCAGGCUGUACCUGCAGGAACUGCUACAGUACAAGAGGCAAAAUCCUGCCAAGUUCUGCAUGAGUGUCUGUUCAGGCUGCCUGAUUCUGGCUGUAGUUGGACACUAUGUUCCAGGCAUAAUGAUCUCCUACAUCAUUUUGCUCAGCAUUCUGCUCUGGCCUCUGGUGGUCUACCAUGAGCUGAUCCAGAGGAUGUACACACGUUUGGAGCCUGUCCUGAUGAAACUGGACUACAGUAUGAAGGCAGAGACGCUGCACCACAAGCAUGAGAAGAAGAAGCGACAAGGGAAGAGCGAGCCUGCAGCAGGUGAUGAGCCAACAGCAGAGACAGAGAGUGAGAGUGAAGCAGAGCUGUCAGGCUUCUCCCCAGUGGUGGAUGUGAAGAAAACUGCCCUGGCACUGUCAAUCACAGAUUCUGAGCUCUCUGAUGAGGAGGCUUCUAUCCUGGAGAGUGGGGGCUUUUCUGUUUCAAGGGCUACCACCCCACAGCUGACGGACGUUUCUGAAGACCUGGAUCAGCAGAGCCUGCACAGUGAGCCAGAGGAGUCAUUUUCCAAGGACCUGGCAGAGUUUCCAUCUGUGGAAGAAUAUCAUUCCAGAGACCUGGGACCACAAAGUGAUGAAGAUGCGUUUGAUGUGCCUCUGAGUCCUGAGCUUGCCCAUGCUGCCUGUGAGCUGCACUCUGCUGACAAAGAGGCCACGGACUCUGACCUCUCCAUCCUUCGCCUUGCGUCUCCUCUCCAUUUUGUAAAUACGCACUUCAAUGGGAGUGGGCAAGCGGCAGGAGGCAAUGCAGAGCCAAAGACUGUCCCUGCCCCAGGCCUGGGCAUCUGCAUUAACACGCUGAGCGAGGAGAUCGUCACCACUGCUAUCACCACAGCGGUGCAGAACACCCUCUCUGCCCUCCUGCGGUCCUCAGAGGCCAGUGAGGGACCCCCCCUCUCUGAGUUCCUCCCCACGGAGCCUGAAGAGAAACUGAGCUUCCAAGCACACCUGUCAGAGAGCGAAGUGGUGGAGACAGAGACAGAAGCUCCACCAGAGGAUGAGGAGGAAGCAGAUGACUUUGAGCUACUGGAUCAGGGGGAGCUGGAGCAAAUGGAUGUAGAGCUGGGGUUUGGAGAGGAGCAGGAGGCACAAGAGGCUGCUCCAUCUCCAUCCUCUCCCAUGCUUGCUGAGCUGCCAAAGCAAGGAGAUGAGGAGGAGGCAGUGAUGACAGCAGCAUCUAUGUCUUAGGUCUUACCUGUGCUCCCCCUUUUUCUCCAUCAUCACUGGAAAGAAGGAAGAACUCCCACAGUGAAUGUGCAGUGGGUUUUUAGAUGUUUGUGUUGACUGGGAUGGAAAUGCAUCAGUGUUAAUGUGCUGUGUAUGAAUCCUUUCCAUCCUUCUAGAGCCUGGCUUUCACUGGCUGAGCAGGAGGUCCUGCAGCUGGGGAGGAGCCGGCUUCUAGAAGUCUUAUGCCACAAUUGAAACACCAACCCCAGCAAAUGCUUCCUAGUAAUGGUGCAGUAUUUCGGUCUGUCUUCUGUUUGUCAUUUGUUUUGCACGCUGAGUACCGAGCUAGCUGUAGCCGCUGCUAAUACCCACAUCCCCAGUAGGACAUAUGCAAUCUUAUUUUAUUGGGUUUUUAAAUGGCUAAAAGUGUAAAUAAUUUUAACUUUCAUUGGUUUUGUCUGGGGGGAGGGAUGGGGUGCACAGUCAAAUGUGGCUCUCAGGGGCAAACAAAGGGAAAGGGGUCUUUGGAGCAGAGGGUAGCAGUAAGGGAACAAGGGCAGGCGGGUGUUGUGCAAAGACCUCUUCUGCAGACUGUUACUGUCUUUUGUGUCACUGCUGGAACAGGGUGUUGGGUGAUACCUGCUUUUUUUUCCUGUCUCAUUUGAGUUCUUUUACUGGGUGGCUGUGGAGUUGAUUUUUUUUUUUUUUUUUUUUGCAAUCAAUGAAAUUCACUCCUGGCCCUG